AUGGAUCUAUUGCCCAAUAUUUAUACACAUCGAUUCAUGUAUAAAAAUAACACUAAUACCAAUACUACUACUAAUAAUAAUUAUACUACUGAUAAUCAUGACAAUGAACAUACUACUAACAUGCAUAAAACUCAUCAUCAUGAUCCCAUAUCUAUGGAAUAUUGUCAUAACUACAAUACACAUCUUCAAACGUUAGCCUCCAAUCGACACACCCAACUCAUUCAACACAUCUCAACUAUACCAAAUCCAAUCUAUCAUUAUUUUUAUACAUUUUAUCAAAAUCGUGUUGAAACACGACGUCAACAGAUUGAUAAAGUCUUACACGAAAUUAUACAAAUAGCUGAAGAUAUUCUACAUGAAGUUGAAUUGCAAGAACCACGAUUUAUUAGUACAUUGAAGCUGAAAGAUACGAUGAAUGGUACUAGUCGAUUGGAACAACAAAAACAUGAAGAUCGUCCCAGUGAACAUGAUACGGAUAGUCAUGAUGACGUAAUCGAUAAUGGGAAUAUCGCCGUUACCGCGGCUACAACAACAACUUCUACUACGGCUACUGAUUGUGUGACUAGUAGUAAUGAGAUGUAUUACGAUGGUCUACGUGUUUUAUCAUCGAAUCAUUUUGAAAUAACACUUUAUUUAAAUCAAAUGGGUGUAUUUAACUUCAUUGACGAUGGGACUAUUCCCGGUGGUGCUGUACUGAAAUUAUCCGAUGGACGUAAACGUUCCAUGUCAUUAUGGGUAGAAUUUAUCACUGCUUCAGGUUAUUUAUCCGCUAGAAAAAUACGUGCACGAUUUCAUAGUUUAAUUGGUCAAGCUAUACAAAAAUCUGCCUACCGCCAUAUUGUCCGUAUGUUAGGACAAACAACUGAAGUAAGAUUAUGUAUACAUGAUAAGUAUAUUCUACAAAUUACACCAGGAUUUCGUUGUAAAGGUUUAUGGCCUAGAUCAGCUAAUCAAUGGCCAAUCACAAAUCAUUUAAACACUGAUUUAAUGCAUUCAAACAAUGCUAAUUUGAAAUGGCCGCCAAAUCAAUUGAUCAAUGAAGUGAAAUAUGAAGGAUUUUGUUUAUUAAGUCAAGAAUCAAUUUAUACGAAAGAUAAACAAAGUUCUGUUGAAGGUGAUACAUGGUUAUUAGAUUUUUAUCAUGCUGAAGAACGUUUAUUACUGAAUCAUACAAUACGUAGACAAUGUUAUAGUAUUUUAAAAACUUUAGCUGAUCGACAUUUAACUGGAACAAAUGAUGAGAUCAAUAGUGGUAAGAAUUUCAAAUUAUCCUCAGCGCCUUCAACAUCAACCUCAUUAUCAGCUUGUUCAAUUAUCAAAGAAUAUGACAUUAAAACACUUGUCCUACAUGAAUGUGAAAAACAUCCAAAUGAUGAAGAUUGGACACAAUUUACAUUGAGUGAUCGAAUCAAUGGUAUUUUAUUGCAAUUAAUCUCAUGUUUACAACAUCGUCGUUGUCCACAUUAUUUUCUACCGAAUUUAAAUAUUUUUCAAGGUUAUUCCACUGUAGGCAUGGAUAUUACAGCUAAACAAACAUGGAAUUUAUUAAGAGAAUUAUUGACAUGUCCACAAGCAUUGGAAUAUCUUUAAAUAAAACAACAAAACAGAUUCAAAACAGAUGAUCAAUGUUCAAUGUUCAGUGUUCAAUAAUUCAUUCAGUGUUCAACGUUCAAUAAUCUGUAAAAACAAAGCAAG